CUCCAACACACUUUGACGUUCUGAACACGUGAAUGUGAUGGGGAUGGAGAUGCGGCGCAUAUAUUGAGAUGGCCACAACAACACGCGACGAGCGAUCCUCUUUUGUCACGCACAAGAGCGGGAAGCGUACAAGCAUGCCCUCUAUCAACGAAAUAUAGUGAGCCCCCAAGAGAGGACGGGCCGGCCGUGUAUUGUGUGUAUUAUUGUGUGUGAUGUGUGUUGUCGUGUUUGCGUUCAGUGGUGGUCGUCAGCGGUUGAAGGUGCUGUCGAACGUGAGGGCCAACCCUAAAUGGACGAUCAAGUGAGGGAGGGAUGGAGGGGCUCACUCACACACAUUCGCAGACACGCAAACACACGAAGAGAGGGAGGGAGAGAGAGAGAGAGAGAAGGGCCAGACAGGCAGACAGACACCUCUGUGUGUGCGGAUGUGGGUCUGUCUGUGUGUGUGUGUCGUGUCAGGGGUCGUCCUCGUGAUUUGAGUCCCGUUGUCAACGUUCCAGGGCCGGGCACAUAUGGGAGGCCUGCAAAAGAAGUCGAAAGCAACCAGAGGACCGCCGCAACCACCGUGUAUGUGAAGCGACCACACAGGGGAUUUACUGCUGGCAGCACACACGUGACAUGACCGCCCAUCUGACUGUGUGUGUGUAGAUUUGGCACAAGUCAUCGAGAUGAGCUGAAGCCGUACCAGGGGCCGGGGCCAGGUGAGAGAGACAGGGGCAAGAUAGUGACACGUACGGAUGGAUGGAUACACGUGCCGCCUGUGUGUGUGUUCAGGUGCGUAUCAGUAUGCGGCUGAGGCGGGCAAGGGCAUACGGUCGCCCCCACAAUACACCAUGACGCCCAGAAGGUACGUGUGUGCACCACGCAGGGAGCCACGCAUCCAUAUACGGCAGUGUCGGUGGGGCGGGUGGUCUUGCAGACCUGACAAAUCGCUGAUGGGCAACGAUCUCCCCUCCCCUGACGCCUAUAUGCCGACGGGGGCACACUUGGAAAAGGCGCCUGUCUUCGGGUGAGUAAAGUGUGCUUGGAUGCGGCACAGUCACCGGCAGUCCCAGUGUGUCUUUUUGUUUUCAGUUUUGGGUCGUGUGAGCGCAAGACUCUCACUCUGGCUGAGGGGCCCGGCCCAGGCACAUACAGGGUGACGCUGCCGCCAGCCACGCCAUCAUAUGGGUACUCAUGGAUUGAUGCACACACUAUCCACACACGCAGGAUCUGUCUGCUGGUAUAUCAGGCUGGGGACGACUCCCCGACCCUCUAUGGGCAGCAAGGAAGCGAGAAACUCUCCAGGUAGAUGUGUGUGUGUGUGUGUGUGUGUGUGCACGGAUUGGGUGGAUUCUUGCUUCUCUGUAGGUCCUGGCGCGUACAGCGUGCCAUCUCCCGUGGGCGAGGGGCCGAAGUACUCCCUGGGAGCCAAGUACACAUCCUUGUUCGGCGGCAAUGGUCAGCCUGCCAGAAAAGUGUGCGUGUGCGUGGAUCUCUCUCUCUCUCUCUGUGUGUGUGUGUGUGUCUGUGUGUGUGUGUGUGUCUGUGUGCAGGGAAUGUUGGCCCCGGGGGCUACGAAGUCAAGAGCACUGUGGGCGACAACAUCCAGUGGAGGUGUGACACACACAGCACACAUCCAUCCAUCCAUCAGUCCAUCCAUCCAUGUGUCUGUCUUCAUCUGUGUCAGCCUGCGCGGCCGUCCGAAGGAUGACAUCUUCAUCAGGGGAGGCGGCAAACACACACCAGGGCCAGGCAACUACCGAGUGAGCGGCAGAGCACGAAUGCCACAUGUACACAUGCAUCAACCGGUGUGUUGUGCGUGUGUGGUCAGCUGGAGCGCUCUGACGGUUUUGUGUCUGGGUGCGCGCGAACUUCGCCGAGAUGGGGGUUCGGCUCGUCUGCCAGGAAAGGUACGCACACCAGUCACUACACACGGCGCGACGUUCCUCUCUAUCUCUCUGUGUCUGUGUCUGUGUGUGUGUGUGUGUGUGUGCAGGAUUGACGGCGUCAUCCGACCCCUCUCCCUGCGAGUAUCAGAUCAAUGACGGAUACAGCUCACUCAUCCGGAAACAGCCCAUGUUCGGGUAUGCACUCAAAUGUGUGUUUGUGUAUGUCUGUGCACACAUGCAUUUCUUCAUCUGCGUCCAUCUGGUGUGUGGGUGUGUAUGUGUGCAGCUUUGGGUCGUCAUCUCGGCCGCCAAUCAACAGUCCUGGUACACAGCCACCUGUGCAUCUUGCCAACUACAGACACACGCACACCCACCGCCUAUCCCUUGGAUGCGCACGCAGGCAUUGCCCCCGGCCCUGGCAACUACCAAGUGGCUUCGCUCGUCGGGAGAGCACCCAUGUAAGGCCACCAAGACACAGCCACAUACACACAUCGGUGCAUCCGCACACACAUGUACCCACUCAUGCAGGUACUCGAUGACCCCCCGCCGCGAAGCCAUCCAAGAGCUAGUCAAACGGAGAUACAACACACCUGGUCGGCAUCCACACACGCAGCGACACACAGACUCAAGGAGCCUCACCUCUGUGUGUGUCGUGUCGCAGCUCCCGGCACGUAUCGCGGCCCCGAUCAGCUUCACGGUCCGCGCUGGGGGUUCGGCUCGUCAAUGAGAAGCGACAUGGCCAGGGGCAAGGAGGGCGGCGCGGGGCCAGGUGAGACAGACAAGACGAACUGAAAUGGUCGAUGGGAGAUGGACUCAUAUUGUGUGUCUGCGUGCAGGUGCGUAUGCCGUGGCGUCUCUGGUGGGCGAGGGGCCGAAGAUCUCACUCAGUGGACGGCCGAAGGACCUCAAACCAUUGUAAAGCGACUGACACGCAUAUGCACAGCGCGGAUGCAUGUGUGUGUGUGUGUGCAUCCAUUGAGUCUCUCUCUGUGUGUGUGUGCAGCGAAGUUCCUGGCCCGGGUCACUACAUGGCGGAUGCAACCGAGUUCGAUUGACGAGAGCGACUGACUAACGUGUCUGGGUGUUCCAUUCCAUUCCUUUUCUUUGCUAGCUGGCUGGCGUUGUUGCUCUGCUCGUGUACAUAACAUAACAUAACAUAUAACAUAGACAUACAUACAUACGUACGUACAUAUAUACAUAUAAUACCUAAUAUGGAUAGACCAGAACAUACGCGUGUGUAUGUAUGGAGUAUCUCUUGUGUUGUCUUCGUCUGGUCUGCCUCUGAGUGGUCUGCGAAUGAAGUGCACGAAGGGAAGGAAAAGCGACAGACCGACGGACAUAUAUACAUACUUGGACGCUGUAAUGGGCUGAUGCGCUGUGCCUUUCUAAC